UCUUCAAGUAACCAAAAACAGCUGUUUAUUUUGUUGACGUCUAACGUGCAGCAGAUUCUUAGCAAUUUCAUCAAAAUGCCGCAAAUUACGGAAAAUGGACAGGAUUUUGAUGUGGUCAAAUACUUUCUGCAACUACUGGAGGAGGACAAGGAUCUGUCCUCAGGCAUUGCGGCCAUCAGGACACUGCUCAUGAUCCUGGAAAAGAAACAGUUUGGCACCAUUCAUAUUCUGCACACAACCAUGAGGGAAGCGGUGGCCGCCAUGCGAAAUACGGAUCUGUCCAUUGCAGCCAUUGUUUCCGCCGGAGAGCUCUUCUGCCGGUUCAUCACCCUCAGUCUGGACGACAAGGACAUGGAGGAGUGCCGCAAGAUUAUGUUGAAUCGCGGCAAAAUCUUUCUCACCAAGCUGCUCAACUCGCGGCAGGUUAUUGCCCAGCAGGCCCAGAGGUUCAUCACGGAUGGCUGCCGCAUACUGACACACUCCAGAUCUCGAGUUGUCCUCAAGGCUUUAAUAACAGCCUCCCAGAACAAGAAGUCCUUUCACGUCUACGUGACGCAGGGAGGCACAGGAAACUCUGGAGAGGAGAUGGUUAAGGACCUACAUGCCGCUGGUAUAGACUGCACUCUGAUCCUGGACUCCGCCACUGGCUAUGUAAUGGAGUCUGUGGACUUUGUGAUGGUGGGCGCUGAAGCUGUGGUGGAAAGUGGCGGCAUUAUCAACCGAAUCGGCACCUACACCAUGGGUUUGUGUGCCCGUGAGAUGAAAAAACCUUUCUACGUCCUGGCUGAGAGCUUCAAGUUCAGUCGUCUAUAUCCACUUAAUCAGCGGGAUUUACCAAAUGAAUAUAAAUACUCCCGCAAACACCUGAACGAUGUGAGCAAAGUGCACCCACUGGUCGACUAUACGCCUCCUGCCUACAUAACGCUGCUCUUCACCGAUCUGGGAAGAUUAACGCCCUCCGCCGUGAGCGACGAAUUAAUCAAACUCUACAUGUAAUUGGACAAUAAAGAAAUUGCACUUAA